CUGGCGGCCAAUCAGGCCCUCCUGGAGGCCCGGGCGGUGCGGGUGCUGGUGGUCUCCUUCGGGGGGCCGGAGGGCGCCCGGCUGUGGCUGGACCAGACCAGCUGCCCCUUCCCCAUGCUGCUGGACCCCCAGAGGAAGAUCUACCGGAGCUUCGGCCUGGGCUCGUCCUACGCCAAAGUGAUGAGGUUCGGCUGCCUGCUGCAGUACUCCGAGUUCGUCGCCGCAGGCCGAGACUUCCCCGACGUGCCCCCCCGCCUGCUGGAGGACAUCUACCAGAUGGGGGGCGAUUUCCUGCUGGACGACGGGGGGAAGGUUCUCCUCCGACACCCGUCUAAAAUCCCCCUGGACCGGCCCAGCGUGGACGCCAUCCUGCAGGCGGCCGGAGGCGUCUAA